AUGGCUGGGGCAUCGUACAAACCCAACCCUUUGGAGCAGAAAACAAACGCCCACAUAGAGAAGAUUUUUCUUAUCACGCUGAACAAAGCCCCCCAGAAAAACAAACAGUUGGUGUACGUGGAGGAUGUGGCGCAAGCGGUCGAAAGCGGACUGCUCGAUCUGGACAUGCUGGAGCAGGCGCUGUUCGAGCGAAUCGUGCUGCAGAACCCGUCCGAGUAUCUGAUUCCUAACGAUGUAACGACGGCCGACACGCCGCAGAUCGCAGAAACUAAGGUAAUUCUGUACCUUUACGGAUGUUUCGAGCGCAACGAAAAACCCGUGGACCAAAGCGACAGCGUGGCGGUGGACAACCAGCGAAGGAUGAAAUCGCUCAUCCUGCGUAACGCCUGCACCUCGCUGAAGCAACCGGACCUGUACGAAGGCCAAAACCUUCCGAACCAGAUACUGGACAUCUUCAAGCAGUCAGACUCGGACGACCAUAACGUGGCGGCCAGGUUCAUCUCCGAAACGGUGCGGGAAGUUUUCAGCGACUCAGAAACGGAACAGGAAGGUUACGAAGCCAUACGUAACAUCUUCGGGCCGAUGUUUGUGGAGGUGCUAAAGGCACUCCGGGGCGCUUCGCUGGUCAUGAUCGAUCGGUGGGUGCUACCGUUCCUGCACGUGUUCCCCAGCGACAAAAGCAACCCCCGGUUGGCGCACAUUUUCCUGGACUACACGACACCACCCUCCGGCUCGAAUGGGAUCAAGUACUCCGAGUCGCUGCUCGGACAGCUCCUCUCGCUGUCCAUCAUGCCGCGGAACCACAACGGUCCGUUCGAGUACUACGAGAACCCGCUGACAACGAGCCGAUCCGCGUGUGAUAGCCUAUCGUCGAGCCUGUGGAACUACACCAAGCUGCAUCUCGAGCGCAUGCACGGCUUCGUAAAGAGCUUCCUGCUGCUGGGUGGGGACGUGCGCGGCAAGAUACUGGACUGGAUCGGCAAGUGUUUGCACGAGAACGUGCCCCGCGGUCAGAUUUGGAACACGCAUCACGGCAUGGGAAUGUUCGCCACCCAGACAACGUCACCGGACUCGUUCAGCAUCAAUCUGGCCGGGGUACUGCUGCGUCUCUGUCAACCGCUGCUGAAGCCCCAGCUAAAGGUGCUGAUCGUGGACCCAACGUACUGUGCCGUGCGGGACAGCGACAAGACCGUCAAAGGUGUGCACAUGCUCGAUACGGAGAAGGAAACCUGCCUCCUGCCACUGGAGGACGACCAAGAGCAGCGGCUCGAGGCGGAGAGGUACAACUUCGUCACGGAGUGCUUCUUCAUGACGCACAAAGCGAUCGAUCUUGGGUUUCGCGUGUGCAUCGAGAAGUUUUUCCGCAUGAACCGCGAGCUGCACCGGUUGCAGACGAUGUACUACGACAUGGUGGCACAAAACGGGGCGGACGUGCCGAGCGACCUCAUGCAGAUGGUGUCGUCACAAAUGCAGCAGUUCCUGUGCCUGCAGAACGUGCUACUCGAGCCCGCGACCGAUCAGCUGCUGCUGCAGUUCUACGAAGCGUCAGCCAUCUGGUUAACGCAGCUGAGCGCUCGUGAAGCUCCCCAGAUCGAUACGCUUGAUCCGGAGAAAGGCUUCGCCCCGCAGACGGUGCAACCGGUUAGUCUACCGCUUAGCGGAGUCACCGUAUCGCGCGUACUCAAGUGCAUUCCUGAAUACAUCAUCGAGAACAUCGUCGGGUAUCUGCAGUUUUCGCGCCACUUCGACAGCCAAGCGCUCCGGGUGGAUGUGGACGCCCAGCAGGCGAUCUUUACGAUGAUUCUGAUCUUCAUGGGCAGCUCCGAGCGGAUUCGCAAUCCGCAUUUGCGCGCACGACUCGCCGAAGGCCUCGAAAGCCUGCUGCCCAAGGAGUCGGAACCAGCCGGGUUCAGCUUUAGCGCGGCGCUCUUCACCAACCACGCGCACCGGCUCGAGAUUAUUCCGAAUCUGUUGCGCGUGUUCGUGAGCAUCGAAAUGACGGGCCAGAGCGUGCAGUUCGAGCAGAAGUUCAACUACCGGCGGCCCAUGUACGCCAUCAUGGACUACCUGUGGAAGAUCGACGAGCAGAAAGAAUGCUUCCGGGUGCUGGAGCGCGACGCGAUCGAAAACAUCGAGGCGGAGGAUCCGCCGAUUUUCCUGCGCUUCAUUAACCUGCUCAUCAACGACGCCAUCUUUCUGCUGGACGAGUCGCUCAGCAACCUGCAGCAGAUCCGGCAGAUGCAAAGCGCACAGGAUAACGGCGAAUGGGAGUCACUCGCGCAACCCGAGCGGCAGCAGAACUUGGGCAACCUGCGCAACCUCGGUAUGCUAGCGCGGUUCGACAACAUCCUCGGCCGGGACACGAUCAACAUCCUGCAGCUGCUCACGUCGGAGACGAAAUCGAUCUUCUGCCACUCGUCGAUGGUCGAUCGGGUGGCGGCGAUGUUGAAUUACUUUCUGCUUAACCUCACCGGUCCCAAGAAGGGCAACUUUAAGGUGAAAGAUAAGCGCGAGUUCGAGUUCGAUCCCGCGCGGACGGUGCUGGAAAUCUGCCGCAUCUAUGUGAACCUGUGCGAGUGCGAUACUUUCUGUCUGGCGGUAUCGCAGGACGGUCGCAGUUACAGCCCGCAACUGUUCGAGUACGCCGAGCAAGUGCUCACUCGCAUCGGUGGUGGACAGCUAAUUGGUGAGAUGCAAGAGUUCUCACACAAAGUGCAGCGCAUCGAGAAGCAGCAGAAGAUGGACGAGGAAGCGCUCAUCGAUCCGCCGGACGAGUUUCUCGAUCCGAUCAUGUCGUCGCUUAUGACCGAUCCCGUCAUCCUGCCCAGCUCACGGAUUACCGUCGACCGAUCGACGAUCGCACGGCACCUGCUGUCGGAUCAAUCGGAUCCCUUUAACCGGUCACCGCUCACGAUGGAGCAGGUCAAGCGGAACGAUCAGUUGAAGAGCGAAAUCGACGCUUGGAUUCGCGAGAAGCGAGCGGCCCACGCGGCGACGAUGGCAGGCACGAGCACCGAACAACCGACCACUCCCGUGACACCAACUGCGGUGUCUUCGGUCGUGCCAGAGGCGGCGUCCAUGGAUACGGACGAAUCGGUGCAGGAUCAAUAACCGUCGCGUCGUCCUGCCUUACCACCAAAAUCGCCGCUACGUUGCGCUUGUGUAGUUGUCCGUUCCUCCGCUCGUUGCUGUGCCAACGACGUUGCCGUGCCGGUGCACAUGGUUCGGGUUUAUCUUCAAAUUUAGCGUACGAGUGGUUUUUCUUUAACUUUAACCAAAUCCCAACUCCAGCCCAAACGGAUCGACGAAAGGAACUCUUCAGAUCGUCGGGCAUGUGUUCGUGGGCCAGCAUAAUGAAAUGUAAUAUUAAUGGGGGAAACCGUUUAGCUGUAUUACGACUC